AUGUCUGAAGUAUCUGCCUCUUUGAAAAACUUGACCAUCAGUGAUGACAAGUCGUUAUUGCCUGAAAGCAAGUUCUCUGUUGAACAACAAGCUUUGGCUGCUCAAUGGACCACUUUGGUGAGCACCAUCCAACAGGAUGCCAGCUUCAUUCCAAAAUUGAACGAUUGUUUGCGUCAUUUCACUUACGUCUUGGGAAACCAGCCAACCAAUGUCGACGCUCUUUUGUUCAAAGCGGUUUUCCCAGUUGUUGAAUCCUCUAUUGCCGAUGAAAAAACCGUUGCUGACCAACGUCACAUCAUCAGAUGGAUUGAUUUGAUUCAAAACACUUUAAUCAAGUUAGCCGACGCUGAAAAAUUGAAGAUUCCAUUCAAUGCUGAACUCCCAGUCGAAGUUCAACAAAAGCCAAAGAAGGACGCCAAGAAGGGUGGUAAAGAAGAACCAAAGAAGGAUGAUGCUGCCCCAGCUGCCGCCGGUGGUAAGCCAAAUGGUAAGCCAAAUGGUAAGCCAUCUCCAGAAGAAUUGGCGAAAUUGAAAGAAGAAAAAGCCAAGGCUAAGGCCGCUAAGAAGGCUGCUGCUCAAAAGGACAACAACAAGAAGGCUGCUCCUGCCGCAGUUGUUCCAAGCCCAACCAUGAUUGAUCUCAGAGUCGGGUUUAUUGAAAAAGCCGUAAAGCAUCCAGAUGCUGACUCAUUGUACGUUUCCACCAUGAAUGUCGGUGAAGAUAAGCCAAGAACCAUCUGUUCUGGUUUGGUGAAGUUCUACCCAUUAGAAGAAAUGCAACAAAGACAUGUUGUUGUUUUCUGUAACUUGAAGAAAGUCAAGAUGAGAGGUAUUGAAAGUGAAGGUAUGGUGUUAUGUAGUAGUGAUGACUCUCACGGUAAGGUUGAAUUUGUCAACCCACCACCAGGUUCUAAGCCAGGUGACAAGAUCUUUGUUGAAGGGUACGAUGGUGAACCAGAAAAGGUUUUGAACCCAAAGAAGAAGAUUUGGGAAGCUCUCCAACCACACUUCACCACCGACGAAAACUUCAACGUCAUCUACAAAGAAGAAGACGGCACUAUUCGUAAAUUGGUUAACAAGAAGGGUGAAGUUUUCAAGAACUCUACCAUUGUCAAUGCUCACAUUAGUUAG